ACAGCUUCCACCGCCACCACCACGUGGACCUACCUCCGUAGCCAUGAUGUUCCUGGUUGUCCUCCUCGCGGCGGCGUGCUCGGCGACCCCCAUCGGGGAGUACGGCGGCGGCCUCUCCCUGGGUGGCUACGGCGGCGGCCUUAGUCUCGGCGGCCACGGCGGCGCCAGCUCGUACGCGUCCAUCAGCUCCCCCGUGGCCAUCAGCCACGCUCCCGUGUACAGCCAGGCCCCCGUGUACAGCCAGGCCCCCGUCUACAGCCACGCUCCCGUCUACAGCGCGCCCGUGUACGCCAAGGCGGAGCCCAUCGCGCACCCCAAGUACGAGUUCGCGUACGGCGUCAAGGACGGCCACACCGGUGACAUCAAGGACCAGAAGGAGGUCCGCGACGGCGGCGUGGUCAAGGGCGAGUACUCCCUGAUCCAGCCCGACGGCACCAAGCGCACCGUGCACUACACCGCCGACGACCACAACGGCUUCAACGCCGUCGUCUCCAUCAGCGGCCACGCCGUGCACCCGCAGGUGGUCCAGAAGGUGGUGGCCGCCCCCGUGGUCCACGCCGCGCCCAUCGUCCACUCGGCUCCCGUCGUGAGCCUCGGCCACGGCGGCUACGGCAGCGCGUCGUCGUACUCGUCCAUCUCCUCGCUGGGCGGCCAUGGCGGCCUCUCCCUCGGCCACAGCGCGUACUAGAGACGCCCCCAGUCAUCGUGCGCGGCCAGGACGCCGUCGGCGCCCCGCACCGGCAGGGCUGCUGACGCACGUCCGCCGCGCACACCCCAUCGUCGACGAUCACGUGUACAUAGCUCCGCUCCCGCACUGAAAUAAAUUUAUUAAUUAUUUAUAGAAA